GCAGUCCAUCGUAGUCGCCGGUGGGGGGGGAAGGGAGCGAGCGCAGCGGGGAGGAGUGGGAGAGAGUUGAGAGUUCAGCCGCCAUUAUCACUGUCAGUUUGGACUCAUGAUUCCUAUAUGCCCGGUAGUUUCGUUCACUUAUGUGCCCAGCCGGCUGGGAGAAGAUGCCAAAAUGGCCACCGGCAACUACUUUGGUUUCACCCAUAGUGGGGCUGCUGCCCAGUAUAGCCAGCAGCCAGCUUCAGGUGUAGCGUAUUCCCAUCCAACUACAGUUGCUAGCUACACUGUCCACCAGGCACCAGUUGCUGCACACACUGUUACUGCGGCCUAUGCUCCAGCAGCAGCUACAGUUGCAGUAGCCAGGCCUGCUCCAGUAGCUGUUGCGGCCUCUGCAACAGCUGCUGCUUAUGGAGGCUAUCCUACAUCGCACACAGCUACAGAUUAUGGUUAUACACAGAGGCAACAAGAAGCUCCACCACCACCACCACCUGUCACUACGCAGAAUUACCAGGAUUCCUAUUCUUAUGUUCGAUCUACCGCCCCAGCUGUCGCUUAUGACAGCAAACAAUACUAUCAACAACCAACAGCAACUGCUGCAGCUGUGGCUGCUGCUGCCCAGCCUCAACCUUCAGUAGCUGAAUCAUACUACCAGACAGCUCCAAAAGCAGGAUAUAGCCAAGGGGCAACUCAGUAUACCCAAGCCCAGCAAACACGACAAGUGACAGCUAUAAAACCUGCAACCCCAAGUCCAGCAACAACUACGUUUUCUAUAUAUCCGGUAUCCUCUACUGUGCAGCCAGUAGCAGCUGCAGCUACUGUUGUUCCAUCCUAUACUCAAAGUGCAACGUACAGUACAACAGCGGUUACUUAUUCUGGUACCUCUUAUUCUGGCUAUGAAGCUGCAGUGUAUUCAGCUGCAUCAUCCUAUUACCAGCAGCAGCAGCAACAGAAACAGGCAGUGGCAGCAGCUGCUGCUGCUGCUGCAACAGCCGCUUGGACAGGGACUACCUUUACUAAAAAGGCACCAUUCCAAAAUAAGCAGCUGAAACCGAAGCAACCUCCCAAACCACCCCAGAUCCACUACUGUGAUGUUUGUAAGAUCAGCUGUGCUGGACCACAGACUUAUAAAGAACACUUAGAAGGCCAGAAACACAAAAAGAAAGAAGCAGCAUUAAAAGCUUCCCAGAACACCAAUAACAGCAGCACUUCUGUUCGUGGAACUCAGAAUCAGUUGCGUUGUGAGCUUUGUGAUGUGUCUUGUACAGGGGCAGAUGCUUAUGCUGCCCAUAUUCGUGGAGCCAAGCAUCAGAAAGUAGUCAAGUUGCACACAAAGCUUGGCAAACCCAUUCCUUCAACUGAACCAAAUGUGGUUACCCAAGCUACUUCCUCAACAUCCAUAUCUGCUUCUAAACCAACUGUCUCUGCUUCGAAUAUAUUAACUAGCGGCAGCACUGUGAACUCCUCUGUUGCAUCCUCUGCAGUGAAAAUUCUUACUCCCACGGCAAAUGCACCACUUAAUGCAGUGUCCAACAACAAAACAUCUUCAACCCCUGCUAAUAUAGCUGUAAAGAAAAUAUCUACACCGAAAAUAAACUUUGUUGGCAAGUACAGAAGUGGUAAUAAGCUUCAGACAACAGGAAGUAAACUGGAAGAAAUUAAAUCAGCUGAAAGUGUUAAAACAACAACUGCUGCUACAGUACAAACGAACGAAGUAAAAUCAGACACAGCAGCUGAACCAGUGACUCCUACAACUCUUGCUGCUUUGCAAAGUGAUGUCCAGCCAGUAGGCCAUGACUAUGUGGAGGAGGUAAGAAAUGAUGAAGGAAAGGUGAUCCGCUUUCACUGUAAACUUUGUGAGUGCAGUUUUAAUGAUCCUAAUGCCAAGGAGAUGCACUUAAAAGGGAGGCGGCACAGACUUCAGUAUAAGAAAAAAGUAAACCCAGAUUUACAAGUAGAAGUAAAGCCCAGUAUUCGAGCAAGAAAAAUUCAAGAAGAGAAGAUGAGGAAACAGAUGCAGAAAGAAGAAUACUGGAGAAGGCGAGAAGAGGAAGAACGCUGGAGGAUGGAAAUGAGGCGAUAUGAAGAGGACAUGUACUGGAGGAGAAUGGAGGAAGAGCAGCAUCACUGGGAGGACCGUCGCAGAAUACCAGAUGGAGGAUAUCCUCAUGGUCCUCCAGGACCUCUAGGCCUGCUGGGAGUUAGACCAGGAAUGCCUCCUCAGCCCCAAGGACCAGCUCCUCUACGCCGCCCUGACUCCUCUGAUGACCGUUAUGUGAUGACCAAACAUGCAGCUAUAUAUCCAACAGAGGAGGAACUUCAAGCAGUCCAAAAAAUUGUUUCUAUUACUGAGCGUGCUUUGAAACUUGUUUCUGACAAUAUGACUGACCAUGAAAAAAGCAAGAGCAAAGAGGGAGAUGACAAAAAAGAUGGCAGUAAAGACAGAGCUUUGAAAGGAGUUUUACGGGUAGGCGUUUUGGCUAAAGGUUUGCUACUCCGUGGAGACCGAAAUGUCAAUCUUGUUUUGUUAUGUGCUGAGAAGCCUUCAAAGAUGUUACUCAGUCGUAUUGCUGAAAGUCUUCCCAAACAACUUGCAGUAAUAAGUCCUGAGAAAUAUGAUAUCAGGUGUGCAGUCCCAGAAGCAGCAAUAAUUUUAAAUUCAUGUGUGGAACCCAAAAUGCAAGUUACUAUCACACUGACAUCUCCAGUCAUUCGGGAGGAGAACAUGAGGGAUGGAGAUGUAACCUCGGGUAUGGUGAAAGAUCCACCGGACGUCUUGGACAGGCAAAAAUGCCUUGACGCUCUGGCUGCUCUACGCCACGCUAAGUGGUUCCAGGCUAGAGCUAAUGGUCUGCAGUCCUGUGUGGUUAUCAUACGUAUUCUUCGUGACCUCUGUCAACGGGUUCCAACUUGGUCUGAUUUUCCAAGCUGGGCUAUGGAGUUGCUUGUGGAAAAAGCAAUUAGCAGUGCUACUGGACCACAGAGUCCUGGGGAUGCACUGAGAAGAGUUUUUGAGUGUAUAUCUUCAGGAAUCAUCCUUAAAGGUGGUCCUGGCCUUCUGGACCCUUGUGAGAAAGAUCCUUUUGAUACACUCACUGUAAUGACAGACCAGCAACGAGAGGAUAUUACUUCAAGUGCGCAGUUUGCACUGAGACUCCUUGCAUUUCGUCAAAUACACAAAGUUUUAGGAAUGGAUCCGUUACCACAGAUGAAUCAACGCUUCAACAUCCAUAAUAAUCGUAAAAGGAGAAGGGACAGUGAUGGAGUUGAUGGAUUUGAAGCAGAGGGAAAAAAAGACAAAAAAGAUUAUGAUAACUCUUAAAAACAUUUAUCAUCACUGCUAGGAUCGAAGGUGAUGAAAAGUCCAUUUGUUGCCUUGUUUUUAAAUGGACAUAAUGUCUGUUUAAAACAUCCAAAACCAACUCUGUAAUUAGAUUUGGAAGAGAACAACCUAGCUCUUCUGUGAGAUUCUGAAUAUUUUAAUGGAUGUACUGUAUCAGACAAAUUAUGGAUGGAAAGACUGCAAAUGGAAAUUCUGUUGUCAUUAGAAAAAAUAGUUUGAAAAUGUUUUCCUCAUUGCAUUUUCUUUCAAUGUGUUGCUAACUUUAGUACCUUUUCUUCUUUUUUGUCUUUUUUAUUAACAAGUGCACUGUCAUCUUAUCUUGACUGUCUUUAAUGCAGCAUUUGUGCUUCUGUUGAUAUGUGUAUUUUGACUUUUUACUUAGAAGGUUUUUUGUUUGCCUUUGACACUAGUUGUAUAAGUUACUUUGUGUUAGAUAGUAUAAACUGUUCCCCUCCCAGUUAAUAUUUUACAGAACUUUAUUUUGUAAAGUGAGACUGCAGGAUUAUGGAGAUUUUUUUCCUGAAUGUGAAGGGGUUACAACACAUAAUUUUCCUGCCAUUUGAGUGCUCAGAAUUAAAUGUUUUUGCAAUCUUG